AUGGGUUGUCGAGGCGCCGCCGCGUACGAAAGCUUAUUGUGUGCAGCCCUGGCGCCCGCUGGCCUGGCGCCUGCUGGCCUGGCGCCUGCUGGCCUGGCGCCUGCUGGCCUGGCAGGGGCUGCUCUGCAAGGCCCCGCCCUGGCGCGCCGUGCGUGGGAAAGCCUUUCCGAAAGUCUCGUUGCGCGUUUGGCCGGCGCCGCGCCUGCUGCCCGAGCGCCGCACCGGCUGGGGGCGGCGCAGCACCACGCGGGGGGCGGGACCGUCUCCUCUGGGCCCCCGGCGCCGCCUCGCCCGCGCACCUCCGAGCGGCCGCACAUGUGCCCGCUGUGCCCCUACCGCGCCACCACCAGAGACAGCCUCGCCAGGCACAUCCGCACGCACACGGGCGAGCGCCCCUUCAAGUGCUCCUUCUGCCCCUACCGCGCCAUCCAGAAGUCCGACGUCGACAAGCACAUCCGGCGCCGCCACAAAGACGCCGCAGCCGCCUGGCCGCCCGUCUCCGGCGCCUCCUGCCUCGCCAAUGUCAUGGGCGGCGCCUCCAGUCGCGCCUACGCGCACGCUCAGGCACCCUCUACUACCGCCGCCGGUGGCUGGCAGGGGCCCGUCGGCCGACAGGGCGCUGCCGGGGGCGUCGUCACGGACUCGUUCACAAGCCCCUCGGGCGGGGAUGCCUAA